AUGGCCAGCGGCGGAGGAGCGACGAAGGCGACGCCGAGGGGUGGACACCACAAAAGGGGCUCCGUCGACGAUCCGGGUCUGGACCCUGGGCAGAGCUGCAAGAGCUUCAAACAGAGUGUCAGAGAAGCGAAGAAAGCGUCGACACCCCGCGUCAAGCCGAGCACGAAGACCGCCGAAGACGACAACAAGGAGGACGGCACUCAGAGGCAAAGGGCCGCCAAAGCCAAGACCAGCAGCACCACUGCAGCCGGCACUCCGACCCUGUCAAAGGACAACAAAGCCAAAGCCGCGCAAGCAAAGAAGGCGAACGUCGCCAAGUUCACGCCCGAACAGGACGCGGUCGCCGCCAAGUUCUGCAACUUCCUCAAUACGACGUCGGCCGAGCAGAUUCUCGGUGAAUUCGAGUCGCUGCAGAGGUACGAGCCGAGCAAAGUCGACGCGGAUGCAUGCAAAAAGAAUGGCGACAAGAAUAGAUACGGGGACGUUAACUGCUAUGAUGCGACCCGCGUUGUGCUGAAGACUGAUUUCGGGAACUACACAGCGGCCGACGGCGACUACAUCCACGCCAACUGGAUCUCCUAUGAUUACAUGGAGCGCAAAUUCAUCGCUACCCAGGGCCCGAAAGACAACACCAUCGAAGAUUUUUGGCGUAUGGUCUUUCAGGAAAACGUGGCGGCCAUCAUCUCGGUGUGCAAAUUUGUCGAAGAAGGCCAGUCCAAAUGCGCCGAAUAUUUCCCGGCGAAGGCGGGCGACUUCAAGAACUACGGCAAGAUGUUCGUCAAUAACAAGAAGGUCGACGACAUCGUGCACACGCUGGAAGUGUUGCCCGACGGCUGCUCGAAUUCCAUCAUCACCAAGCUGAUCUUCUGCACCGAAUGGCCCGACAAGGGAAUGCCGUCGAAGGGCGGGAUCCCGCUAAAGCUGCGCCGCCUCACCAGGGAAGCGGGCAUGGGAACUGUGGUCGUCCACUGCUCGGCGGGCAUCGGUCGCACCGGCACGUACAUCGCCAUCGAGAUGGCCAUCCAGAAGUUGUUGAAGGGCAAGGAGGUGUCGAUUGUCGAAAUCUUCAAGGAUUUGCGCAACUGCCGGGCCUCUUCCGUCCAAAACACUGCCCAGUACCUGUACAUCUACAGCUCCGUCCUCGAAUUUAUUCUCACGCGCAACAUCACCCACAAGCCGACGCAGAAGAAGUUCCUCGACGAGCUGGCCGAGGUCAUGCAG